AAUUAUGAAAAUUAGUGAUUUUCCGGAAAAUAAUUCUCGAAGAGUCUUUCGCAAAUUGCGCAACCACGUUUCCAAUGGUUACGCUUUUUAGCUUUAUAAUGCUGUGAUCACGAUUCGUGUUAGUUUAUCACGGCUUCAGUGUUCUGCAGAUUGGAUUGCCUUGACACUUGACAGUGAUCAAAUUAUAUUGUUUGUUAAUUUAAAUUAACGAGGACAAAAUGGCACAGGCAUAUCAUUGGGACGCGUUAAGGAAAAAAAGAGUACUGGAUCGAAAACACGAAGCCCUGGAUCGACUAAUGCAUGCGGGCUCCGAGAAUCCAGUUCCGACACACAUCAUGACGAGAACUUGUGAACCAGGGAAUAACAUUGUCUCUACAGACCCAGAACAGUUUAAUCAAAUAAGAUCUGGGCGCUCUAUAUUGGAGGUUACGCAUGAUACCAACUUUAAAUAUCGAGUUUAUAAAGGAAUGAGCAACGAACCAAUACAUGUAGAUAAUAUAUAUAAAGUCAUAUACCCAGGCUCCUAUUAUAAUGAUGAUUUACCUAAUAAACCUAUAAUGAAAGAUCCCCUUCCACACUUUAGAGUCAACGAAGAGGGCUUCCAAAACCGAUAUCGUAAAAAUGCCAAUCAAAAUCCACAUUGUGAUCACAUCUACACAACCUUAUAUCCAGGCAGUGACAAUAUUGAAUAUACGGAAGACGUCAAUAAAAAAAAUCGAUGCCUAAAUCAAAAUAUAGAUAAAUAUGAAAUCACUGAAAAAAUAAACGGAAAAUUCCAUAUGCAUUGCUUAUCGCAAGUGCCCGAUUAAACAUAUAUUAUGCAAGAGCUAAAUCUGCCUAAUGCAGGUCUUUCUUUAGGCCUGAAAUGUUAACUAAAUUAUUAAUUCGACAUUAACAUAUCCAGACCAUAAUCAACUCUUGAUGCCAUCGGAUCUCUGAUAUUGAAUAGAUUAGAACGGUUCAGCCAUAUCUUGAUUUAAUUUAAAAAUGGAGUAGUGAGACUUAGCUUCGAACAACCAGUACAGUGGUUGAAAUUAUUGCAUACGUCUUGUCAAAACUGUCAAGGGCUAAUAUUUUCGCUCGCAAUAGAGUAAUUUGAAUGAAACUUUAAAAAUUAUUCAUUUUACAUUAUCUAUUUUUGAACUAUUAUAGCAAGAAUGGCUAGCUCUUUAUCUAAAUCUUACAUAAUGUAUCUUUAAUUUCAAUAGAAAACUGAGUAAAAGAAGCUGACUUUAAAAAAAAAAAAACCCCAAAAAACCCAGGUUAUACCGGUCCAUGUAUAUAAUUUACGAUUUUUGAAGUCGAUGUAAUAUAUAUAACCAUCAUGCUUACAAACAUGUUAAAAUUUGUAAAAAGUACAACUUAUCUAAUAUUUUACAAGUCUUAUUGAAUUUUAAUUUAAGAUAUAUAUUUACAAUGUAAAAGCCCAAUGCAAUUGUUCGAAUAAUUUUUCUCCGUUCCAUGAAAAAAAUUAUAUUCGGAUGUUUGCUGUGGAAUUCAGAGCCAAAGGUGUUGCAAAUUUGCCGUGUUUUUACACUAACUUAGAUUGAUAGUUGUUGUUCACCCUUGAAAUUUAAAAAAAAUAUAAUUUAU